GACCGCGGGAGCCGAGCUCAGUCAGAGCGACGCGCCGCGCGCUGACACACGGCCGCAUCUCCUCCCCGCGUCACGCGGAACCGCAGCGCAAGUUCGCUCUCCUUUUUUUUUUUUUGGGGCACUUUGGCAUCGAUGUGCUUUGGAGGAGAAGAGGAGUAAUAUUUCGGGUAUCGACUUGUAGCCAAACGCUGGGUUGUUUGGAAACACUUCUGUUCUCCCCAUCAGCGGCGUUAGGUGUUUCUUUCUUUUUUGGGGGAGUCGGGGGGGAUCCACAAACUGUGGCUUCACCGCCUCGAAGACAGCACGCGAGACUGGGCACGGUGGAGACUUGUUGCGCGCAUCUGGGGAGCGCACGAGUCCAGUUUCUCAUUCACGUCUCCUGUAAAACCUGCGCGUGAUGCUCUGAUUUCAGCGGCGAGUGCAGCGGUGAAUAAUGACCUGUGGAGACCAGGGCAGACCGACAGCCUGAAGUCAGCGCGGCUCGGUGCUCACUGACUAUGAGAAUCUGUUCAUAAUUAAUUAAAUUGGGGCGAUUAGUUUCCUCCUGUCUGUCAGAGCUGCUGCGGAGGAACCCAAACAAACCCAGUUCUGCUCUAAAUGGCAUCCACGCGCAGCCGAGGCAAACUUUAUUCGAGUCAGAACCGGAGACUUGAUUGAUUUGUUUUUUUCCUCUCCCGGUGUUUCUUCCAUCGAGUCCUCCGCCUCUCGCGGACAUGUCUGAGCGCGAUGGAAACGGAGACGGGCUGAGCGGCGACGGCGCGCCGGACUUCAUCCCGCCGAGAGUGUCCCGCGGCCAGCGCAGCGGUGUCAUCCUCCCCGGUGGCGGCCAGGACACCGACGCCGUCCUGCUGGAUUCCGUGAAGGCAGCACCUCGCCGGAGCAGCAUCAUUAAGGAUCCCUUCAUGCAGAAGGUUGGCGGAGGAAGGAAGAAGACGGUGUCCUUCAGUAGCAUGGCCUCUGAGAAGAAGGUGAGCAGCGCCGCCGACUGCUUGGCGUUCAUGCAGGGCGGCUGCGAGCUGAAGAAGAUCCGGCCCAACUCCAGGGUUUACUGCCGCUUCUUCACGCUGGACGGCGACCUCAGCUGCCUGCGCUGGGAGCCGUCCAAGAAGGACGUCGAGCGGGCUCGGCUGGACGUCUCCAGCAUCCGAGAGGUUCGCACCGGGAAGAGCACCGAGACGUUCCGCCACAACGGCCCUCUCGCCGAGCACCUGGCCGAGGAAGCGGCCUUCUCGGUCAUCCACGGGGACGAUUACCAGUCUCUGGACUUGGUCGCGUUGUCGGCCGAUGUGGCCAACAUCUGGGUGACGGGCCUUCGCUACCUGUUGGCCCACCCCUCGGUCAUCGGGGGUGCCGGCGGAGGAGUCGGGGGGCUGGGCGAAGGAGGAGGCCUGGCGGGGGACGGCAGCCCGGGGGGGAGGAUGAGGAGCGAGUGGCUGGCGGCGGAGUUCGCCCAGGUGGACGAAGACGGCUACGGCAUCGUGAAGGAGGACGUGGCCGUCGCCACCAUCUGCAAGCUGUGCCCCGGGAUCAAGGAGGCGAAGGUGCGUCUGCGUUUCAAGGAGAUCCAGCGCAGCAAGGAGAAGCUCACCUCCCACGUGACCCGCGAGGAGUUCCACGAGGCCUUCUGCGAGCUGUGCACCCGGCCGGACGUCUACUUCCUGUUGGUGCAGCUGUCGAAGGACCGGGAGUGCCUGGACCCUCAGGACCUCCGCCUCUUCUUGGAGACGGAGCAGGGCUUGUCUCUGGUGACCACGGAGAGCUGCUGGGAGCUCCUGCGGCGCUGGGAGCCCUCGGCCCAGGGCAAGGAGAGGGGGCUGCUGGGUCUGGACGGGUUCGCCCGCUACCUGCAGUCUCCGGAGUGCCAGCUGCUCGACCCGGAGCACCUGGGGGUUUGUCAGGACAUGAACAUGCCUCUGGCCCACUACUACAUCAGCACCUCGUACCGCUCCUACCUGCUGGACGACCAGCUCCACGGCAGAGCGGACCUCGGGGGCUUGAUCAAGGCCCUGCAGUUCGGCUGCCGAUGCAUGGAGCUGGGAGUGACCGACGGCCCGGAGGGGGAGCCUCUCCUCGGCGUCGACUAUGGCCCGGAUAACGCCCGUCACAACCACCACCACCACCACCACCACCAUCACGCGCCCAUCACUCUCCGCUCCGCUCUGGAGGUGGUCAACGAGUACGCCUUCCUGACCUCUCCGUACCCGCUCCUGGUGUACCUGUGCCAGCGCUGUUCCCCCGGCCAGCAGCGCACCAUGGCUCAGCACUUGAAGAAAGUGUUCGGCUCCCGUCUUUACACGCCGGAGGCCGUGCCCGUCGGCCUGGGGGGGCGGGCCACGGCCUUGCCCUCCCCCGAGCAACUGAAGGGACGCAUCCUGAUCGUGGGGAAGAAGCUCCCUCCGGAGCAGGACGGCUCCGACGGGGAGGUGUCCGAGGAGGAUGAGGAGAUUGGAGGAGGGGGGCCCCUGGCGGGACGGCGAAUGACCAUCCCCGGCGAGGAGGAACUGGGCGUGGUCUUGGUGGUGCCUCCGCCUUCUCAGCCCAGGAAGCUGCGCCUCCACAAGGAGCUGUCGGACCUGGUGGCAAUCGCUCGCACGGGCAGCCGCAGCUUCUACGCCCAGAGGGCCGGUCACCGCCAGUCCCAGCCCAGCAGCCCCUCCUCCCCCUGCACGCCGCCGCCUUCCGAGUCGCCUCAUUGGACGCUGUGCUCCCUGGGCGAGGGCGAGGGCGGCCGCCUCACCGCGGAGAGCCCGGAGGACCUCGUGAUGUUCACCAAGCGCACCCUGACUCGGGUGCGACCCAGCUCAGUGCGUCUCGACUCCAGUAACCCCAACCCACAAGGGUACUGGAAGGGAGGCGUCCAGCUCGUGGCCUUGAACCAGCAGACGCCCGGCGCCAUGCUGGACCUUCACAGGGGUCGCUUCUCUCAGAACGGAGGGUGCGGUUACGUCCUCCGACCGGCCGUGAUGAGGGACGAGGUGUCGUAUUUCAGCGCUCACACGCAGGGCCGCGUGCCAGGAGUGCCAGCGCAAACCCUACGGAUCAAGGUGAUCAGUGCCCACAACCUGCCCAAGCCUCAGGGAUCAGGGGCAAAGGGAGAGGUCAUUGACCCGUACGUGGUGCUGGAGCUGCACGGCGUACCGGCCGACUGCGCCGAGCAGCGGACACGCACCGCCGCUCAGAACCAGGACGACCCGCUGUUUGAUGAGACCUUUGAGUUUCGGGUCAACAUGCCGGAGCUGGCGUUGCUGCGCUUCGUGGUUUUAGACGACGACUACAUCGGAGACGACUUCAUCGGCCAGCACAGCGUGGCCUUCGAGUGCCUUCAGCCCGGCUACCGCAACGUGCCCCUGCUGGGCAUGGCGGGAGACCCCUUGCCCCACACCAGCCUGUUCGUCCACGUGGCGAUCACCAACCGGCCGGGAGGCGGGAAGUCCCAGCGGCGAGGUCUGUCGGUGAGGAGGGGGGGGAGGCGAGGCCGGGAGUACGUCACGCUGAGGCACACCGGCAUCAAGGUGCUGGACGAGACCUUCAAGCCGGCUGGCGCCCCCCUCAAGGAGGCCACGGACCUGCGGGAGGAGGCUCAGAGCGCCACCGCCGGCUUCAAGGAGCAGUGUGGGCUCCCCGCGGUGGCCAAACUGAAGCAGUGCAUCCAGAGCCUGACCACCAGGCUGCAGAGCCCCGAGGGCCCCAUGGGGGCCGCCAUGGUGCUGAAGGAGGGCUACCCGUGUCUGGAGCCGCUGGUCAACCUCGCGGAGCCCACACGCAAACUGCUCGCCGCCUACGACACGAUGAUCGCCGCCCAGAAGCAGCUGAUUGAGAAAUCGGACGCCGUUCAGGAGCGCAUCGACCAGGUGCAGAGAGAAGGAAUGGACUUCCAUGAGGAACUCGCUCGGCUCGGGGAGAGGGAGGGGCUGAAGGGCCGCAAGCAGAGCAAAGCUGUGGAGAGUUUCACCUGGAACAUCACUGUGCUCAAGGGUCAGAGCGAUCUGUUACGGGGCGCGAAGAUGGAUUCUCUGGACGCGCUGAGGCAGCUGGCUCUGGCCUGUGAAGCCUGUGGACUCACCUCCUCCUCCUCCUCCUCCUCCUCCUCCUCCACCUUCUCCACCGCCGAGCUGCAGUCCUCCACCCACUCUCUGUCUCGCCGCCGAGCCAGCACACACGGCAACGGACGCAUUUGA